UCUACCCGACAUCGAGAAAGGGAGACUUCGGGAGUCCACGUAGAAAAAAGACCAACUCUUGCCGCAAGCCCUCUUCUGCUUCGAUUCGUCCUUGUGAAGCUCGAGAUCUCCGCAAUUCUUUGCCACUACUCCCGUAGAGCUCGAUCCCUCGGUCGCCCGUCUCAUGGCCCGGCGUUACGACAGCAACCCCUUCGAGGAGGAGGAGGAGGAAGUCAAUCCCUUCGCGGACACUGGAGCUCGUGGAAAGGCAACUGGAUUAAAUUAUGGAGGAGGCCCAUUCUACAUGAAUCCAGCAACUGUUCCUCCUGCAUCAAAUUCCAGGCUUUCACCACUUCCUCCAGAACCUGCUGAUUUCUACAAUGACCGCAGUGCAACUAUUGAUAUUCCUCUUGAUACAGCAAAGGACCUGAGGAAAAAGGAGAAGGAACUACAAGCCAAGGAGGCCGAACUAAAUAAGAAGGAAAAGGAACUUAAACGUAGAGAAGAGGCUGCAGCCCGGGCUGGUAUUGUAAUAGAAGAAAAAAAUUGGCCGCCUUUUUUUCCCAUUAUUCAUCAUGAUAUUGCAAAUGAGAUUCCUAUCCACGUACAGAGAUUGCAGUACUUUGCAUUUGCAUCAUUGCUAGGGUUAUUUGCAUGCCUCUUUUGGAAUAUAAUAGCCGUUACAGCAGCUUGGAUUAAGGGGGAAGGGGUAAAGAUCUGGUUACUUGCCAUCAUCUACUUUAUUGCAGGUGUCCCAGGAGCUUAUGUCUUGUGGUAUAGACCUCUUUAUCGUGCCAUGAGGACUGAAAGUGCUUUAAAGUUUGGAUGGUUUUUCUUGUUUUACGUGCUUCAUAUAGGUUUUGUGAUCUAUUCAGCAGUGGCUCCUCCAAUUUUCUUUAAGGGAAAAUCAUUGACAGGUAUUUUGCCAGCAGUGGAUAUCAUCGGUGAUCAUCUUUUGGUUGGGAUCUUCUAUUUUAUUGGAUUUGGAAUGUUCUGCCUUGAAUCACUGCUCAGCGUCUGGGUCAUUCAGCAAGUAUACAUGUACUUCCGAGGGAGUGGGAAAGCUGCAGAGCUGAAGCGUGAGGCAGCACGCGGUGCUAUGAGAGCAGCAAUCUGAUCGAAGGACUUGACAUCAUGGUUCUCCAGAGCCACAUAGGGUGAGCAAACUUCUCGAUCUGGCACAUCGCAUCACUCUGCUUGUCUUAUUUCUUCUCAGUCAUCGCACAUCUGGUGUAGAUCAUGGACAGAACAGAUGGGUUGUAGUUUCUCUGUAGUUAAAAAAGGAGAUGAUGUAUCGCAUAGCUUCUUUUUUCGGAUCUUCCUUCUUUGUGUGUUCCUUCCUUUUAGCUAUACUUUUAAACCGUAGGAAGCAUAUAAUCACAGUGUCUGAUACAGAAUUCAAGUUACAUUUUAUUUUCAGUUGUU